GCCAAAAUGCAUGCAAUGAUCGGCGUUUUACUGUUAAUCUUCUCGUUGUAUACCAUAACGUCCUGCACUUAUUCAAAAGGAUAUGAUAGCCAUGGCUAUGGAGGUUAUGGUGGUUACGGUGGUUACGAUAUUUCAUUUGGUAAUAGAUCGGCACAUGAACUGUUCGACCACUUCAUCAGUAACUGCUUUACGCCUUUCCUGAUGCUGUGCCACAAUUGUCUGCAGAAUACCAAUCAACUCCUUCUUGAGAUCUCCAGUCAACAGCUGUCCACUACUGUAUUCACUCCUGAUUUGCUCCAAACGGUUGUCGUCUUCCAAAAAGAAAUUCAUUUGCCGCCGUUCGCCCGGUGCUCGUCAAUGGUGGCGCCGCCCCCAGAGAAGGCGUAUCGGUUGAUUUUAUUCUUGAUUUGGUUGGGAGUGUCCGUCAGGAAUAUAGAGUUGUUGGGAUCGGAGGCACUCAUCUUCGUCUGGGCGCCGGUCAGCGCCGGCAGGAACGACGAGUGCAAGAGAGCCGGUUUGGGAAGGGAUAGUCUCGGCGCCACGUCUCGCGUCAUCCGGAAGUACGGGUCCUGA